AUGGUCGGCGGUGACCCUAGGGGCCCUCCCAGUCUAGGGGUGACAGUGCGACCAGGAGCCCUCCCAGGAGCAGCGGUGCCCAUAGGUGUCCUAACUAGAGCGUCGGCGCCCCCAGGGGCCCUCCUUAAGGGUAGCAGUCACCCCAAAUGCGGUGGCAUCCACAGUUGCCCUCCCAGGGGCGAUGGCGCUCCCAGGAACCCUUACAGGGGCGGUUAUUCCCCCAAGGGGUCUAGCAGGGACGGUGGCGCCCCCAGGGGUUUCCCCAGGGUCGGUGGCACUUCCAGGAGCCUUCCUAAGGCGGAAGCCUCAGGGGACCUCCCAGGUGCAACUAUGCCCAGAUGGACACACAUAGGGUCGGCGGCGACCCUAGGGGCCCUCCCAGGGAAGUCACCGAAUCAUGGGGCGCCGCCAGGGUCUGUAGCGCCCUCAGUGACCCUCAAAGUGAUGGUGGCAACCACAGGGGGCACUCCAGUGCAAAAACAACUGGCCGAAGGGGAUCUCCCAGGGGUGACAGUGCCCCUAGCAGCCCUACCAGAAGCAGCGGUGCCCACAGGGGUCCUAAGAAGAGCGUCAGCGCCCUCAGGAGACCUACCAAAGGCCCUCCUUAACGGUGGCAGUGACCCCAAAGGCGGUGGCAUCCACAGUUGUCCUCCCAGGGGCGAUGGCAUCCCCAGGAUCCCUUACAAGGACGGUGAUUCCCCCUUGGGGCCUAGCAGGGGCGGUGGCACUUCCAGGGGCCUUUCUAAGGGUGUCGGUGCCCCCAGAGACCCUCUCUGUAGCGGCGACGGCCUAAGGGGACCUCCCUGA